CUUUAGUCUAAUUUUGAAAUUGAAGGAAUCAAGAAACAAAAAAAAAAAUGAAGUCAUUGAGUAUUUUUAUCACGAUCGGAUUGAUUGCUAUCGUGAAAGGACAAGAUCCAGCUUGUCAAUUUGAGACUGACAGCGAAGGACUGCUUGCUUGCAAGCUUACUGGUGGAGGAAUUAUGCCCGAGAACAGAAACAAAGAAAUUGCAGGAAAUCCUGGAGCCGAUAAAACUUUCGCUGAUGUCCAAAGAGUGUAUUCAUUAGAACCAGCUUCAACAGACAUGAUUUAUUCAAUCUUUAAUAAUUUUGUAAACCUCAAGAAACUUGAACUGACCAAUGGAAUAGUUGAAGAAUUAAAGCAAGAAAUGCUUUAUAACUGCACAAAACUAGAGAAACUGGCCAUUAAUAAGGGCAUAAUUAAAACGAUUGAUUCAAAUACUUUUAUUAAUUGUCCAGCAUUGGCAGAAAUAGAUUUAGGAAAAAAUACAAUUUCUGGUAUACUCAGUGGUGCUUUUAAUGGACUUCCUAAUUUGAAAACUCUCAAUUUUAACAACAAUGAAUUAACAAAUAUUCAGGGCAGCAUAUUCAAUGUCUCAACAUUACAAUCAUUAGAUUUGAGCAAUAAUGGAUUGGCAUUAACCAAUAGAAGCAUAUUUACGUACACGAAUGAACUUUUAUCGUUAAACCUUGCAGAAAAUGGAAUCACAUUAUUAGUAAAGGAACAAUUCAAUGGUUUGAGUAAAUUAACAGAACUAGAUUUCACAAAUAAUGAUCUAAAUGCAACACAAGACACAGCUCUUGAAUAUCUUGAAGCACUUCAAGUGGCAAAAUUUAAGAGCAAUAACUGCAUUGAUAAAGAUUACACAGACUACAGUCAAUCAUUAUUUGCUGGUGAUUUCGCAGUUUGCAUUAAAAAUUUUAAUGGAGCUUCAAUCAUGAUUUUGUCUAACUUGGUGCUGGUUGUGUCAGUUCUUAUAAAAUUAUUUAAUUAAUAAUAUUAAAUUUAACAAUGAAGUUAUAGGGGCUUAAAAAGUCAGAAGAGUUGCACAGUAUUAAACAGUGAUAAUAUUUUAUUUUAAUCUUAUUAUAUUUCCUUUAAUUAGACUCGUUCAAUACUUAAAG